UAGACCGCUGCGCCACUCGGGCUCAAAAAACAAAAGCACAGAUGGACUCUUCACUUUUUCUUCAUUCACCACACGAUUCAUCCGAAGUGCAUCAAUCACUACUUCGCGGUCUUGUUUUAGUGGACAGAUUUUGGGCAGAGUGAACCCUCUCGCUUCGCGUCUUCCUCUCUGUCGCGAAUCAGCUGAUCAGGAACUCACCAAACUGUAGUAAACGUGACAGCACGAUGGGAAUUGGCUUUAUCAAAUCGAGUUUUGCCAAGUUUGUGAUGUUAAGAACAUCACGAACACACCCUGUAUUCUUCGCGUUUUGUAAUUCUGUCCUGCUCGAAGUCGACAACUAAUAGAUUCGUGGACAAAGGAACACGGUGUCGAGCAUUGAGGUGCAGACCAGCGCAGUGCAGGAAUGGAUCCUCUGGGAGCGCGCUCUCAGUUUGUGGAGGUCCAGACUCUGUCCACCUGGGAGCGGCAGCCGGACCCUGAGGGAGAGAAGGAGUACAACGUCAGCCAGCAGGCCUUCCUAUCCCCCUUCCCCUACAGAGAGGACAUCAACAGGAAAAUAGUGCUCUAUAAUGGCGAUGUUGCCCUGCUGAACUGCACAGCGAUCGUCAACACGAGUAAUGAGACUCUGACAGACAAGAACCCUGUCUCUGAGAGCAUCCACACUUACGCUGGGCCUGAACUUCGAGACGAGAUACUAAAACUGAAAGGAUGUCGGACAGGCGAGGCAAAGAUGACCAAAGGCUUUAACCUGGCGGCGCGCUUUAUCAUCCACACGGUGGGCCCCAAGUACAAAACCAAGUACAGGACAGCUGCUGAGAACUCUCUGUACAACUGCUAUAGGAACGUCAUGCAGCUCGCCAAAGAGCAGGCUAUGGCGUCUGUGGCCGUCUGUGUGGUCAGCACAACUAAGAGAGGAUACCCACUGGAGGACGCCACACACAUUGCCCUCAGAACGGUCCGCAGGUUUCUGGAGAAAUAUGGAGAGAGCAUAGAGACAGUGGUGUUCGCCGUGACAGACAUGGAUGAGCCCACAUACAGGAAACUGCUGCUUCUCUACUACCCUCGUUCUGAGGAAGAGGAGCGUGCCAGCCUGCCCCUAAUCCCGGCUGACAUCGGGAACUCAGAAGGCGAGCCUGUAGUCCCAGAGAGACAGAUCCGCAUCGCCGAGAAACCAGGCUGUCUGGAAGUUGACUCUGAGGCGGAGACUCUAGACUCAGACCUGGGCCAGGUGGGGACUCAUGCUUUUUCCAGGAUGGAGGGAGACGUGGACAAACAGCGCAAACUAAUCCUGCAGGGCCAGCUGUCUGAUGCAACCAUGCAGAAACAGCACCAGAGAAAUUAUAACCGCUGGUUAUGUCGAGCCAGAGCAGAGGACUUGUCUGACAUAGCAGCACUGAAAGCCUUAUAUCAAACUGGUGUUGACAUGUGUGGCAGGACAGUGAUGGUUCUUGUGGGCAGAAAUAUUCCUGUCACCCUAAUCGACAUGGAAAAGGCCCUGCUGUACUUCAUCCAUGUCAUGGACCACAUCACAGUGAAGGAGUAUGUGAUGGUUUACUUUCACACUCUGACCGGAGAACACAACCAUCUGGACUCUGAAUUCCUUAAGAAGCUUCAUGAGAUUGUAGACACCAAGUUUAAGAAUAACUUGAGUGCUUUCUACUUUGUACACCCCUCUUUUCGCUCCAAGGUGUCCACCUGGUUCUUCACUACGUUCAGUGUGUCAGGGAUGAAGCAGAAGGUCCAUCAUGUAGAGACCCUCCAGCAGCUGUUCACCUGUAUCCUGCCUGAACAGAUAGACAUCCCUCCCUUUGUCCUGGAGUACGAUGCACGGAAAAUCACCCCAGAAGGAUUUGGAAUUGAUGACUUGAACGAACCCAUCGCAGUUUAACCAUGCCUGACGAGAAUAGGCCCCCGAGAACGGUUCUCAUCCACUUCCUAUGAUUUACAGCCCGGGACAAGGUACUUAAAGCGGCGAAAGAAAAGGGUGGUGUUCAGUGUGUAGGCCGCCAGCUGUCUUAUUUACCCAGACUUGUCCAAGGAACUUGCAAUAAAGAGGAAGACGUUUGCAAUGGUAAAGAAACAACCUUGAGAAGAACGUCAGGCACACACUGGCAUUCCCAGUGACCCUGCUCUUUUCUUGGAAGGGAAAGAAAAUUAUUUUCAAGGACAACAUUGAGGCAGAGAUUCUUGCUAGAGUAAGGUGUUUAGCCUAGAUAAAGAAGACGAGACGAAGUAAAAUACAAGUUGAAUUGUAUGCUGUUUACUAUACAAAUGAAGGUAGCUUAUGUGUUUGCGGGACUCUGGGGAGUGUUGCUAAUUUAGCCUAGGCUUUCAAGCGCCUCACAGACCAUAAGGAAUUUUGAGUUGAGACUGCAGGUUAUCUUAUCUAUCAUCAAGAAGCAAAGUUACGUUCCUAGUUGCUAUAUUUUAUUUUGGGAUUGGUUUUCUACUUUUACUUACACUGUUUUAUUGUACAGCUGGAGCAUAUAUUGUGAAAUGUUAUAUAUGUGUGUUAAAUGGGACACUUCACAGGCUAUAACUACUCAACACAAAUAUGGCUAAUGGUUAUGUAAACAUAAUCUAUUGGAAUAUAAAUGGUUGUGGUAACCAAGGGAAGAGGAAAAAGAUUUACAUUUUAAAAUCAAAACAGGCAAAUAUUGUUUACAUACAGGAAUCACAUUUAACAGAUAGGCACUGAAAUUUAGAGGAGGCUGGGUUGCAGAAGUUUAUCAUAGCUCAUUUAAUUCCAAACAAAAUGGGGUGAUUAUUCUGAUAAACAAAAUACUUAAUUUUGAAGCACCACUCUGACGAGUUUGGCAGGCUUAUCUUCAUUGAGGCUCUUAUAAAUGGGAUUAAUGUAGUGGUAUGCAGCGUAUAUGCUCCCAACAAUGAGGACACUGAUAUAUAUAUAUAUUUCCCCCCAUGAGGUAAACGUUAUACUGGGAAAUAUGGAGGGGCAGAUCAUCCUUGCUGGAGACUUCAACCAAGUGAUGAUUGAUAUGAUUGAUAGAAGUACAUUUACAAGUAACUCCACGCCAAAGGAAAGACUUGCAAUACAUAUGCUAGCAGAAGAUAUGGGCCUUACAGACAUAAGGAGAUUAGUCCAUCCUAAUGAUGGGUAUAUUCUCUAUUUUCUCCCACUGUCAUAAGACACACACUAGAAUAGAUUUCUUCUUGAUAACUAAUUUCAUGGUUAAUAACGUGAUUCAUUGCAAGAUUUGGCCCAUUGCCCUCAUAGAUCAUGCUAAAGUAUAGUUACAUAUUGAUAUAGACCAUGCUAUUACAAGAUGAGAUAUUUAGCCAAUCGUUAGCAGAUGAUCUUACAUCCUUUUUUGAGAUCAACAUAGGCUCAACUGAAAAGAGUUUCACAGUAUGGGAAACCUAUAAAGCAUAUUUUAGAUGGAAAAUAAUGGCACAUGCGUCCAAAAAGAAGAGCGGAAGGGUUGAAGCAGUAAAAAUAUUAGACACCGAGUAUGUGGUUUGGAAGGGAUUUGACCAGACAUUUUACAGAUGGCACAUUUCAAACUGCCUGCAAAUUGAAAUUUCAGUUACAUGUAAUUGAUAACAAAAAGGCAGAAUAUGUACUGUUUUUAUACUUUUUUUAAUCAGUUUUUAUGAGGGAGGUGAGACGAUAGGCAGGCUACUAUUUAAGACAACUAAAAAUGCUGAACACUUCUAACAUAAUUCCAGCAAUUAAGAAGGGCAAUAAGAUGGUGACCUCAUCCAAAGAGAGAGAGUGUGUUUUUAUGAAGAUUUAUAUUAGGGAUGCACGAUAUAUAGGUGAACAUAUCGGAAUCGGACAAUACUAACUAAAAAUGCCAACAUCGGUAUCGGCCGAUGUCUAUUUUAACGCCGAUGUGCAAAACCGAUGUCAAAGCUGACGUGCAGACCUAUAUAACAUAGGUUCAUGACGUAAUGACGACACACAAAAUGUUGCACUACACGUGCAACACAGCGUUCCUAACUUAGCCCACAAUGUCUGCUGUGUGGGUCGAGCAGUCAUUUGAAAAUUUCAGCGAGACGACAACUCAAAGGCCGAAAUCCAUGAAAGCCAAGAUAAUGGAAUUCAUUGCCCUUGACAAUCAACCGUUCUCUGUCGUGGGUGAUGUUGGCUUUCGCCGACUGGUCGAACACCGGUACACACUACCAAGUCCGCUAUUUUUCAGAUGUUGCCCUACCGGAGUUACACAGCAAUAGCGCCACUGCUAUUAGCUUCACGACAUGCAUACUAUGGAAUGCCAUUUGGGUCUUUGCAAGUCAAAAAGAUACAGUAGCACUGUCAAAGCUGUAUAAAAGUCUGCAAACACCGGCCACGAACGAUGUGUUUUCAGUAGCGCUUUGGUAAUAAAGCAUAAUUUGUUCGACCGUAACUUCUGGGGAAGCUAGCUUUACCUUGGUACCUACAGUUGAAGUCGGAAGUUUACAUACACCUUAGCCAAAUACAUUUAAACUCAGUUAUUCACAAUUCCUGACAUUCAAUCCUAGUAAAAAUGUCCUGUCUUAGGUCAUUUAGGAUCACCACUUUUAUUUUAAGAAUGUGAAAUGUCAGAAUAAUAGUGAAGAGAAAUUAUUUAUUUCAGCUUUUAUUUAUUUCAUCACAUUCCCAGAGGGUCAGAAGUUUACAUGCACUCAAUUAGUAUUUGGUAGCAUUGCCUAUAAAUUGUUUAGCUUGAGUCAAAUGUUUUGGGUAGCCUUCCUCAAGCUUCCCCCAAUAAGUUGGGUGAAUUUUGGCCCAUUCUUCCUGACAGAGCUGGUGUAACUGAGUCAGGUUUGUAGGCCUCCUUGCUCACACUCUUUUUCAGUUCUGCCCACAAAUGUUCUGUAGGAUUGAGGUCAGGGCUAUGUGAUGUCACUCCAAUACCUGGACUUUGUUGUCCUUAAGCCAUUUUGCCACAACUUUGGAAGUCUGCUUGGGGUCAUUGUCCAUUUGGAAGACCCAUUUGCGACCAAGCUUUAACUUCCUGACUGAUGUCUUGAGAUGUUGCUUCAAUAUAGCCACAUAAUUUCCAUCCUUAUGAUGCCAUCUAUUUUGUGAAGUGCACCAGUCCCUCCUGCAGCAAGCACCGCCACAACAUGAUGCUGCCACCCCGUGCUUCACGGUUGGGAUGGUGUUCUUCGACUUGCAAGCAUCCCCCUUUUUCCUCCAAACAUAACAAUGGUCAUUAUGGCCAAAUAGUUCUAUUUUUGUUUCAUCAGACCAGAGGACAUUACUCCAAAAAGGACAAUCUUUGUCCCCAUGUGCAGUUCCAAACCAUAGUCUGGCUUUUUUAUGGUGGUUUUGGAGCAGUGGCUUCUUCCUUGCUGAGCAGCCUUUCAGGUUAUGUCGAUAUAGGACUCAUUUUACUGUGGAUAUAGAUACAUUUGUACCUGUUUCCUCCAGCAUCUUCACAGGGUCCUUUGCUGUUGUUCUGGGAUUGAUUUGCACUUUUUCGCACCGAAGUACGUUCAUCUCUAGGAGACAGAACACGUCUCCUUCCUAAGUGGUAUGACAGCUGCGUGGUCCCAUGGUGUUUAUACUUGCGUACUAUUGUUUGUAGAGAUGAACGUGGUACCUUCAGGCGUUUGGAAAUUGCUCCCAAGGAUGAACCAGACUUGUGGUGGUCUACAAUUUUCUUUCUGAGGUCUUGGCUGAUUUUUGAUUUUCCAUGAUGUCACGCAAAGAGGAACUGAGUUUGAAGGUAGGCCUUGAAAUUCAUCCACAGGUACACCCCCAUUUGACUCAAUCAGAAUCUUCUAAAGCUAUGACAUCAUUUUCUGGAAUUUUCCAAGCUGUUUAAAGGCAAAGUCAACUUUGUGUAUGUAAACUUCCGACCCACUGGAGUUGUGAUACAGUGAAAUAAUAUGUCUGUAAACAAUUGUUGGAAAAAUUACUUGUGUCAUGCACACAGUAGAUGUCCUAACCGACUUGCCAAAACAAGAAAUGUGUGGAGUGGUUAAAAAACGAGUUUUAAUUACUCCAACCUAAGUGUAUGUAAACUUCCAAUUUUAACUGUAGCUAGCACCAAUACAACCAGCCUGAAAACAGAAACUGCAGAGUUGCAAAGAAAAAGCCAUAUCUCUGUCCAGUGUCUGUGUUCUUUUGCCCAUCUUAAUAUUUUAUUUUUAUUUGCCAGUCUGAGAUAUGGCUUUUUCUCACAUGGAAUAGCCUUCAUUUCUCAGAACAAGAAUAGAUUGAUGAGUUUCAGAAGAAAUGUCUUUUGUUUCUGGCCAUUUUGAGCCUGUAAUCGAACCCACAAAUGCUGAUGCUCCAGAUACUCAACUAGUCUAAAGAGGGCCAGUUUUAUAGCUUUUUUAAUCAGAACAACAGUUUUCAGCUGUGCUAACAUAAUUGCAAAAGGGUUUACUAAUGAUUAAUUAGCCUUUUUAAAAUGAUAAACGUGGAUUAGCUAACACAACGUGCCAUUGGAACACAGGAGGGAUGGUUGCUGAUAAUGGGCCUCUGUACGCCUAUGUAGAUAUUACACAAAAAAUCUGCUGUUUCCAGCUACAAUAGUCAUUUACAACAUUAACAAUGUCUACACUGUAUUUCUGAUCUAUUUUAAUGGACAAAAAAGUUGCCUUUCUUUCAAAAACAAGGACAUUUCUAAGUGACCCCAAUCCUUUGAGCAGUAGUGUAUAUAAAUCAUUUAACAUUACAUUUAAGUCAUUUAGCAGACGCUCUUAUCCAGAGCGACUUACAAAUUGGUGCAUUCACCUAAUGACAUCCAGUGGAACAGCCACUUUACAAUAGUGCAUCUAAA